AUCAGUUAACACUUUCCCUGUGCAGUUGCCAUCAUCAGUGGCCAGGGUGGCCUGUGACACAGAACCAGUCAUGGAAGCUGGGCUAUGUCCCCUGUGUCCCUGCAGAGCCCCACUCAGCACCACCCCCCCCGUUUGCUUGCCAGGCCCUACCAAGGCAACCCCACGUUCGACCCUGAGUUCAUCCGCUCCAAGUCCACGGCCGCGGCAGGCCUGUGCUCCUGGUGUAUCAACAUCGUCCGCUUCUACGAGGUGUACUGCGAUGUAGCCCCCAAGAGGCAGGCCCUGGAGGAGGCGAAUGCCGAGCUGGCAGAAGCACAGGAGAAGCUGACCAGGAUCAAAAACAAGAUUGCGGAACUCAAUGCCAACCUGAGCAACUUAACAUCAGCGUUUGAAAAAGCAACAGCUGAGAAAAUCAAGUGCCAGCAGGAAGCCGACGCCACCAACAGGGUCAUCUCCUUGGCUAACAGGCUGGUGGGGGGAUUAGCGUCCGAAAACGUCCGCUGGGCCGAAUCGGUGGAAAACUUCAAAGGCCAGGGGGUCACCCUGUGUGGGGACGUCCUGCUCAUCUCUGCCUUCGUCUCCUACGUUGGCUACUUCACCAAGAAGUAUCGAAAUGAACUGAUGGAGAAAUUUUGGAUUCCUUUCGUGAAUAACUUAAAGGUGCCCAUCCCAAUCACAGAAGGCCUGGAUCCCUUGAGUCUGCUGACAGACGACGCUGACGUGGCCUCUUGGAACAACCAGGGCCUUCCCAGCGACCGCAUGUCCACCGAGAAUGCCACCAUCCUGUGCAACACAGAGCGCUGGCCCCUGAUUGUGGACGCCCAGCUUCAAGGGAUCAAGUGGAUCAAAAACAAAUAUGGGAGUGAACUGAAAUCCAUCCGCCUGGGACAGAAGAGCUACCUGGACAUCAUCGAGCAGGCCAUUUCGGCGGGUGAUGUCCUGCUCAUCGAGAACAUUGGCGAAACUGUGGAACCCGUGCUGGACCCAUUACUGGGCAGGAACACCAUCAAAAAGGGAAGGUACAUCAAGAUCGGCGACAAGGAGGUGGAGUACCACCCUAAGUUCCGUCUGAUCCUGCACACCAAGUACUUCAACCCACACUACAAGCCGGAGAUGCAGGCUCAGUGCACCCUUAUCAACUUCCUGGUCACCAGGGACGGACUUGAGGACCAACUGUUGGCUGCUGUUGUGGCCAAAGAGCGCCCGGAUCUCGAACAGCUGAAGGCAAAUCUCACCAAAUCUCAAAAUGAAUUCAAGAUUGUCCUGAAGGAGCUGGAAGACUCUCUCCUGGCUCGUCUGUCGGCUGCAUCUGGGAACUUUCUGGGAGACACUGCCUUGGUGGAGAACUUGGAGACCACCAAACACACGGCCAGCGAGAUCGAGGAGAAGGUAGGGAAUGGAGAGAGAGCAUGCAGGAGCUGUGGCAGCCAGCAGGGAGGAGCCACAGGCACAGGAGCACUGGGACUGGGUCCACCCAGCACCUCACAGUCUGCUGAGGUCACCUGGGGGACUUCAGAGGGUGCAGAAGGCUUUGGAUGGGUGGUACCCACCUGUUCCUGGCUGGGGCCACCUGCUGGUUUCAUCCAAGCUCCUUUCAUUGGUUGUGAGGUGCAAGAGGCAAAAAUCACAGAAGCUAAAAUCAACGAAGCAAGAGAGAAUUACCGCCCCGCCGCAGAGCGGGCCUCGCUGCUGUACUUCAUCUUGAACGACCUCAACAAAAUCAACCCCAUCUACCAGUUCUCCCUCAAGGCUUUCAAUGUGGUGUUUGAGAAAGCCAUUCAGAAGACCGCCCCGGCCGACGAGGUGAGGCAGCGUGUGAACAACCUGACGGACCAGAUCACCUACUCCGUCUUCAUGUACACGGCCCGGGGGCUCUUUGAGAGAGACAAACUCAUCUUCCUGGCACAAGUUACGUUUCAGGUCUUAUCCAUGAAGAAGGAGCUGAACCCGGUGGAGCUGGAUUUCCUCCUGCGCUUUCCCUUCAAGGCGGGGGUUGUGUCACCGGUGGACUUCCUGCAGCACCAGAGCUGGGGCGGGAUCAAGGCCCUGUCGGAGAUGGACGAGUUCAAAAACCUGGACAGCGACAUCGAAGGCUCAGCCAAGCGGUGGAAGAAGCUGGUGGAGUCGGAAGCCCCCGAGAAGGAGAUCUUCCCCAAGGAGUGGAAGAACAAGACGGCGCUGCAGAAGCUGUGCAUGGUGCGUUGUAUGCGACCUGACCGCAUGACCUACGCCGUCAAGGAAAAAACUGGGGUUUACCAUCGACAACGGCAGACUCCAUAAUGUAUCCUUGGGGCAGGGACAAGAGGUGGUGGCGGAGAACGCCCUGGAUGUGGCCGCAGAGAGCGGGCACUGGGUCAUUCUGCAGGUGAGGGCCCCCUCGGCUAAGCUGGCCGUGGGGAUAGCUGGGAACCUGAAAGAAAGCAGGUAACGGGGACUGGGGGAGCAGUUCAAGUGGGAGAGCGCUUGCCUUACAAGUGCAAGU